GCUUCAGUGUAAUCCGCACACUAGAGACAAAUUCAGAGCGACAACUACGCUACAGACAACAUUCUGCUCACAACUCGCAGUGUUUUUGGACCAUUAAAUGAGAGAAGAAGAGUGGAGAAAGUUCAGAUUUGGGAUUUAAAACAUCCUUCCAUUGACUUCAAAAUAGUCUCAUCAUCAGAAACAUAAAGGAGACAAAAGGGAAUAAUCAUGAAAAAGGGAAAGCAGGUUAAUGAUGGCAAUGAGCCCCCCAGUUAUCAGGAGGCAACAGCAGGCUAUGAGGAGAUGCAGGUUCAGUUCGCCUGGGAUGACAAGGCCAUCAGGCAGACCUUCAUCAGGAAGGUCUACGCCAUUCUCAUGGUUCAGCUGUUGGUGACCGUGGCAAUUGUUGGUCUCUUCACAUUUUGCGCUCCUGUGAGGUUUUUCAUUCAGACUCAUCCUAGCUUGUACAUGGCAUCAUAUCUCAUGUUCUUCUCCACCUACAUUGCACUGUCCUGCUGUGGAGAGCUGAGGAGGCAGUUUCCCUGGAACGUCAUUCUGUUAGUUCUCUUUACUUUGAGCAUGGCCUUCAUGAUGGGAUUUGUGUCCAGCUUUUACAACACCAAAUCAGUGGUGCUGUGUCUGGGAAUCACAGCUCUGGUGUGUCUUUCUGUCACCGUCUUCAGCUUCCAGAGCAAGAUUGAUGUCACAUCCUGUCAGGGCAUCCUGUUUUCUUUGUGCAUGGUCAUGCUUCUCUGUGCCAUCACCCUCUCCAUUGUCGUCCCCUUCGGAUAUGUUCCCUGGUUACACGCCAUUUAUGCUGUAUUAGGAGCCAUCCUAUUUACUCUGUUCCUGGCAUUUGACACGCAGUUGCUGUUAGGGAACAAGCGCUACACCAUAAGUCCAGAGGAAUAUAUUUUUGCCACCCUCAGCCUCUACCUGGACAUUAUCUACCUGUUCAGCUUCCUGCUGCAGAUCAUGGGAGGAGGCCGCGAGUGAAGAAUCCUCUGCUACAUAAAUCUAUCUGUCAGCUGGAUUUGUUACUCUCAAGAUGUUAUCAGUGCUAUAAGGUUUCUGAUGAAUUACCAUUUUAGUUUGUACAUGCAUCAAAACUAUGUAAGCAAGACACAGCAAAUCUGUUGGUUCUUUGCUUUUGGUUAUGUAAUCUUGUCUGUACAAUCCCACUGCUGGUUUUGUCCCGACUUGGCCUACAUCCGCCUCGUAUCUCACUGUAGUUGUUCACUGUACUCUGGCCAUUCCUGUUAAUCUGGUUUUGUAUUACUGAAGGGUCUGCUGUGACCUCACCAUCCUUAAGUGUGUGUUUAAAAAAAUUAGGCUCAUAAGUGGAUAAAAGCAGCCACAGUCCCAGAGUUGAGCAUGAUCACUUUCCUUGGCUGCAUUUCUGUUUAUCCAUCACUGAGCCAAAAAUGAAGAUUCAGGAAAUCUGCACUUUCAAGCUCAGCAGGGUUGAGUUUGUUUUAAUAGCCAAGUCUUUCACAAACUAAGUAGAUACAGUUUGUUUUCUACAUGUGUAUUUUUCUAUGCCCAGCGUCAUAUAUGACAAGUUUAAUGUUUUACUGUCUAUAUGCGUGUGUGUAAGAUGCAGUAUUUUGAUUUCUAACAGCUCAGUUUGAGCCUGGAUGUUUUGCGGGUAAAUACUGUACAUGUGAAACCUGAACCAGUGGAUUUCAACUCACUUCCAGCAUUAACACUGAAGCUCACAAAGUCCAACCGUAAAGGGAAAGUGUGUGUGUGUGUGUGUAGCGGCAUACAGUACUUUUAGUCAGUAGAGAUUAUUUGUAAUUUCUAUUUGACUUUAAUGUGGCCUUUGGGAUGUGACAGAAAAUUAUUUAGUGUUAACAUGCUAAUGGUCACAAUGUGAGCAUUAGGAGUGUUUUACCUGUGUAGUGAAUUUCAAAAACCUGGACAGGACAUGCAGGGAUACACUAUAUAGCAAGAGUAAGGUUUGGUUUCUGAAAAAGAAAACAUGAAUACAAUUUCCUGUAUUUUCAUAUCAAUAUAGCAAAUAACACAUUAUUAUUAUUAAAGUGGUUAUUUGUCUAUUUUUUAUUUUAUUUAUUUAAAUGAUAACACUAAUAUGUGGAAUUAUUCAUUCGUAGAAUUACUAAUGCCACGACACAUUUACUUUUCACCGUCUCAGAUCUGCGUCUAUACUAAGCUGUGACUGCUUUAUCUUUCAUAUUGUUAAAUUCAAGCAUCUAUUCAAGACAAUAUUGACUGUAAAUAAAAAAUAUAGAUUCAAUUAUUUAUUCUCCUCCAUCACCAGUGGAAAUUACACCCACCUGCAACCCUAAACAUAAUGGACAGAUGGCUGGUUGUGGUUUACCUACAGAGCAGCCGGACCACGUACAACUCAAACGCCCUGAGACAUAUGAUGUCAGCUCAGCUGGAUGUCGCCCUCUACAGGCCACAGUCAGACUGACAGCUGCUUGUCUUGUUUUUCGUUUAACAUGCAUGGAAAACCUUUUUUUUUAAUAUGUUAAGAGGAGAACUUCAGCACCUGAAGAAACAAGAGCAGGAGGUGAUGCUGGUGACAAUUAUCCAGAUGAUGAAAUACACAGUUCACCCGAUCAUUGAAACAAGACUUUUAUUAAAAAAAAAAAAAGGAAGAAAAACUGACAUAUUCAAAUUCAAAGAGAAAACCAAGAAAGAAGGAAAAUCUUAUCUCAAUCAAUAAAAAAAACACAAGUUACAGACAAUUUUAGCAACUCUGGCACAGGAAGACAAAAGUAGCCAAGUGGCUUUGCAAAAAAACCAAAUAUCAAAACCUCUUUCCUCUAACAAAACUGUACAAAAUGAGUUCUUGUAUAAAUAAGAAAACUGUUCACAAACAGGAAGUGAGACAGGCCCGGUCGGAUUUUCAAAAUAUCUGUGAUUCACACAAACCUGGUUCAUACAGUGUUGAGCAACAAGACAAGUUUUUAGUAUUUCCUGUUCAGAAAUGUCUCCUUAAGAUGACAUUUAAAAUAAAAAUAUUUAAACUACCCAUUAGCAAGAUAAUAGUACACUAUUUACUACAUAUUAUUAUCAUUAAGUUUUCAUUAAAAACCAAACAGACGAGGGCCACUAGAAUCAACUAAGUUAGGAGACAUUUUGAAAAUUCAGACUGGGCAACAUCUAACCACCUGUUUGGAAAUCCUGUUUUAGCAGCAAAACAUUUUGAAGCUAUGAAAUAAGCCAUCAAAUCUACAUUAGGAUGGACAUAAAGAGGAUUUUCAAAUUGGUGUAGACUAAAAAUAAUAAGUAUAAGGAGAUUUCUUUUCUGGCAAAUAUUGUGUACUGUCUAUAGAGUACACCACUGAUCUUUGUAUUCCUCCAAUUUAAAUGUAACUUAAGGUUCUGUCAUUGUCAUGAUGCAAAUUCAUUUUCGGGCAUCAUGAUUUCUUGUUAUUAUUAUUUCUGCUGACAAGUUUGUAAAAAAUAAACUAAAAAUAAAUAAACACUGUGUUGUAACAAGUGGUCAUUUCAUAGUUCCAAAAUCCUGUUUUUGUAUUAAAAGUGAUGGCUAAUACAUGGAAUAUCAUUUCUCUGAACAUAUAAACAAUAUCCAUGACAUUUUCCUUCAUGGUGCACUGAAUCUGAAAACUUGCUAGUCACUGUGUUAUCUGGACAGGUUAUAAAUCAUAAAAAAAUCAAGGAAACACGCAAGAAGAAACAAACAGAAUGGUGUAAAGAGCAAGUGGAAGGAAAAAAAAAAAAAAAAGACUAUUUACAAAAUUAGCUCUCGUGUCUGAAAACUCUCACCCUCAUAAAAGCUGCGCUCUGUGUUCCUCCUGGGCGUCUGCUGAAGCCAAUAAAGUUCAUAAUGAGUCUGUUUACAUGCACUCCAACACUCCAUUACAUAAACUGACGGAAACUCAGUUCUGUUGAUGCAUGUAAACAAAACCAGAUCAUUUUUUUGAGUUGUUCGUUUUGAAAAAUCUGCCAAAAUACUUGAUACUUUAGUGCCCAGAUAAUGCUCUCACAAAACCUCUCGCCUGUCAUAAUGUGGAAUAUUUCCUGCAUGUAAACACCGUUAUUGUGAUCUCUCUCUUUCUGACUCUAUCAGAACCAGUGAAAAUGUUUUUUUUUUUUUUUUUCAUCUAGCCACACACAACAGAUGAUCGUCUAUGGAUGAGCGUAGUUUACCUGCGACCGAGAGCUAAAAGAAGGGUGGCUACAACAUCUUUGGUUGCAGAAUUGAACAACAGAAACACACAGCAAAAAGAAAAAAAAAAGAUGAUGUGUGAAAAAACAAUACAAAGACAAUACAGAGUCAGAAACAGAAUCAUUAAACUGCGAGCCUUGAGAAAAAGACGGUAUCACGCUGUGUUUUUCACUGGAUUCAAACACGAACAGUUGAAGAGCAGGAAGAAAGGCUCCUCGUAACCCUACAGCUAACUCGACUGACAGGACGACUAACUCGGUGGCAUUCAAACAAGCCUGUUGCCAUUUCCGUAGUAUAUACAACUUAGUGUCAAUCCUAUGAGAGAUCAGGCAGUUCAUCCAGAGAAAAAACAUUAAGGCUUAGCUAAAAAUAGUUUUUGCUGAAUUUUGGAUCACUCACAAAUUCAUUCAGACUUUGCUGUCUCACUAAAGGCUGUAAGAAUCGUCUUUAAUGGCACUUCCAUGGUCUAGUGAGCAGUCCUUUGUAAAACCAUUAUUUCUAUUAUCUACAUAUCUACAGUUUUUUGAUGUCUGUAUAAAUUAAAGUUCAACAUAUUUGGAUGUACUGUAUGUGGUGACAUGAGCUUCACUCGACAUGCUGAAACCGAAACAUACCCGGGCUUGUGUGUAAUGAAGCCUCUCGGAGCCACAACACUGAUGCGGCGUCAGUAUGAAUCUUUUUGGAUCAGCACUAAAAAUGAAGUCAUUGUUUGGUUCAGCUCUCCACUCUGAAAAAAAAAAGACUUUCUACAAACAGGCCCGACACAGUAUCAGGACAAGACGACACAAGGAUGGGAACGGAAAUUCGUGUGUAAAACAAAACUCGAUGUGCACAAGAAAACAGCAUCAAUCCCUACGUGGAGAAAAGCUAACAUCUACUCUCUAGGAAAAGCUAAGAUCUACAGCUAAAAUCUAAAUCUACUUCAAAGAUAAAUUCAUCCAAAAAAUAAGGCAAAUUAUCACAAAGGUUUUCAAGUGACAGACAAGAGAAAAAAAAAAAGAAAAAACAGAAGACAUUUAACUUUCUACAAACUAAAAAUCACUGACAGAAAAUCAAACUCAGGUGACAACAGCAGCAUUGAAAAACAAAAAGACUUACAGCUCCCUUUCCUGUCGGACAAAUUAUUCUCAGGGAUUUUGUGAGUCUUCUAUUUGAUUUCCCUCAUUGCUUUCUGCUAAGCUACGUCUUAAUUUAGUAACUGCAUUGUUCUUUGUACACAUUACGUCUCAGUAAUCUAACUGCUCAGAUCUAAAGCAUGUUCACUUCAUCCCUUCGACGGCACGAGGAUGAAUUUUAAUGAUACCUGAAGGUUUGCCACAACAAAACCGCUUAAAACCACUUCUCAUGGACACGGAUGCAACGUGGAGUUACAUCAUAACAGAGCAGGACGACUAUUUGUAUGAACAGGUGUCAUUUUUGUUGUUGUCUUUCGAUGGUGCACAAAGGACUUGAACUGAAUUAGAAGUCAUCCAACCAUCAAAGGAAAAAAAACCUAACAAUAAUUUCCAUGAGCCAAAUAUCAGAGCUCAUCAUUAAUGUGUGGAGUAAAGAUCCAUUAAAGUCAAUUUCAUCUUGUCUUUACAGACUAUAGUAUUAAAUAACUUCUUUUCUAUAAAUGUAUGUUUCAAUGAUCUAAAAACUCUAAAAAAUAGAACUAUAAUUCAAAUAUAAAUAGAAAUAAUUGAUUGUCUUUUGUUCACUUAUGAAAGAAUGGUUUAAAAUUAAAAAAAAAAGGAAUUUGACUAAACUAUAAACAGUCAAUGUUAUUAUCAUCUGUGCGUGAAUAGAAAUCUCUGCAGCAGUUACAGGAAGAAGUAGCUUUAAACGGUUUGCCUCCCACAGUUGACAAUGACUCAACACAUCAGACCAGCAAAAGUGUUUGCAAGUUUUUAAAUCUGUACAAAUUUUUGACCCCGCUGCUGCAAAUAGAAUGUCAAACAACAGACAUCAGGAAAUAAAAAUAAAAGUUUGCAUAUUUUACAAAAAAAUAAAAGACACAUUGUGUUUCAACUCUUCCUUGAAUCACUCUGAAACGUCCAGAAUGCUUUUUUAAAAAUAAGAAUUUGUUAUAUUACGUGCACAAAAAUAAUGCUCUGUGUCUUUUCCUCCCCUCAUAAGUUUUUUUUUUCUGUGUUUUUUUUUUUUUUUAAACUUCUUGUUAUGUUCCUUUUUCAGUUAUCAAAAUAGAUCAAAGCUUCUCUGAAGAAGAUUCCCACCUUUGGUUGAUCAACUCUUGAGGAUGUGAGCAGAAAAGUCCAAUGAAGUUAAGUGUUGUCCUUUUUCUUAAAAAAAAAAAAAAA